AUGCCCUUGAGUGAGAGGCCUGGGUGCAGGGAGCUGAGCCCCAAACACCAAUCGCUAAGCUUUAUCACAGACGAUGAUGGACGCGUUCCCAGCACACGUUUGUAUUCCAAACCUCAUCCCUCGUUUCGUGCUGGCGAUGUCAAGUCCAGAAAACGUAAGGACACGUUCGACAGGGAGGAACAACGAAAGGCGAAAUUAGAGAACGAUCCUUGGAGUGACAAAACACGACUAACUCCCAAGAGCGUUUUUUGCUUAGGGUGCAAGCAGUUCAUCCGCCUAGACAGAAGGAACGAUUAUUAUCCUGGUCUAUGGCUGAAACAUCGCGCAUCGUGUCUUGGAAUUGCGAGGGCGGUAAAGGAAACAAACGAAAGGCGAAACAAGAAGUACUCCAAGCCCCCCAUCGACGAUGAACAAGCUGCCCGAAUUCUUGUCGAAAUGAUGAUUAGGAGCAGGUGUUUCAGCCAUUCCGACACUUCUAUUUCAGCUUGA